UCUCCGCAGAGGAUCGGUUGCAGUCAUGUCGGCUGCGAUUGCAUCUCUAGCUGCGUCCUAUGGUUCGGGUUCAGGGUCCGAAUCGGACUCGGACAGUGAGGGCGGAAGGUGUUCGCUGCCAGCUGCCGACUCCCUCAUGCACUUGACUAAGUCAGCUUCGGCCAAGCGGUCUCUGGCAGUGGCGGUGGACUCGGCUCCGGAGGUGGCAGUUAAGGAAGAUUUGGAGACUGGAGUUCACCUUGACCCUGCGGUCAAAGAGGUUCAGUAUAAUCCUACCUAUGAGACCAUGUUUGCUCCUGAGUUUGGACCAGAAAAUCCCUUCAGGACACAGCAAAUGGCUGCCCCUAGAAAUAUGCUUUCCGGAUAUGCUGAACCAGCUCAUAUCAAUGACUUUAUGUUUGAACAGCAAAGAAGAACGUUUGCCACCUAUGGUUAUGCACUAGACCCUUCGUUAGAUAAUCACCAAGUGUCUACUAAAUAUAUUGGUUCUGUAGAAGAAGCUGAAAAAAAUCAAGGUUUAACUGUGUUUGAAACUGGUCAGAAAAAAAUAGAAAAGAGGAAAAAGUUCAAAGAAAAUGAUGCAUCUAACAUUGAUGGUUUCUUGGGACCGUGGGCAAAAUACGUGGAUGAAAAAGAUGUAGCCAAACCCUCAGAAGAAGAACAAAAAGAAUUAGAUGAAAUCACAGCUAAGAGGCAGAAAAAGGGCAAACAGGAAGAAGAGAAACCUGGGGAGGAGAAGACAAUCUUACAUGUUAAAGAAAUGUAUGACUACCAAGGCAGAUCCUAUCUUCACAUACCUCAGGAUGUUGGGGUUAAUCUACGGUCUACUGUGCCCCCUGAGAAGUGUUAUCUUCCCAAGAAACAGAUUCAUGUGUGGUCUGGACAUACAAAGGGCGUCAGUGCUGUCAGAUUGUUUCCUCUCUCUGGCCAUUUAUUGCUGUCUUGUUCCAUGGACUGUAAAAUUAAGCUAUGGGAGGUUUAUGGAGAUAGGCGCUGUCUACGAACAUUUAUUGGUCACAGUAAAGCUGUUAGGGACAUCUGCUUUAAUACUGCAGGAACACAGUUCCUCAGCGCAGCCUAUGAUAGGUAUCUUAAGCUCUGGGACACUGAGACAGGACAGUGCAUAUCACGAUUUACAAAUCGAAAAGUGCCCUAUUGUGUCAAAUUCAAUCCUGAUGAAGAUAAGCAAAAUCUCUUUGUAGCUGGUAUGUCUGAUAAAAAGAUUGUGCAGUGGGACAUUCGAAGUGGAGAAAUUGUUCAGGAGUACGAUCGGCAUUUGGGAGCUGUCAACACCAUUGUUUUCGUGGAUGAGAAUAGGAGAUUUGUGAGCACAUCUGACGACAAGAGCCUCAGAGUUUGGGAAUGGGAUAUCCCUGUGGAUUUCAAGUACAUAGCAGAGCCCAGUAUGCACUCGAUGCCCGCAGUGACUUUGUCUCCAAAUGGGAAAUGGCUAGCAUGCCAAUCAAUGGACAACCAAAUCUUAAUUUUUGGAGCACAGAACAGAUUUAGACUAAAUAAGAAAAAAAUUUUUAAGGGCCAUAUGGUAGCAGGUUAUGCUUGUCAGGUGGACUUUUCACCAGACAUGAGCUAUGUGAUUUCAGGAGAUGGAAAUGGAAAAUUGAAUAUCUGGGACUGGAAGACCACAAAACUCUACAGUCGAUUUAAAGCUCAUGAUAAAGUGUGCAUCGGGGCAGUGUGGCACCCUCAUGAAACCUCUAAAGUCAUCACAUGUGGUUGGGAUGGUCUCAUUAAAUUGUGGGAUUAAUGAGAUGAAUCCUUAUUGAGGGUCAUUUUUGAUCCAAUGUCAUAUUUAACUAUAUUUAAAUAUUAAAUGUGUUGGAUGACAACUUGAUUUACAAAUUAUGAUUUCCUUACAUGGCCUUAUGAAGUUGACCCAUUGUUUUAAAAAACAAUUUUUUUUGUAAACUUGUCUCAUAUACUUUCACUGGCAAUUUCAUUUUGUUCUUUGUAGAUGUUAUUUAUAUAUACAGAGAAUGACCAUUGACUUUCCAUUUGGUGAGUGGUAAUUGUUGGCAGGCAGUCGGGGUUUACCCCCUUGAUAUACUGAAAAGAUCUCUUUGGAAUUGAGGAAGAGUCCUUGGUGGAUUUGGAGUUUUUAAAGGAGAUAAUAUAAUUAACGACAAAUAAUUCUGAAAAGCACCGUAUGUUUGCCUCUUCAACAAAAAGGGAAGUAAGGAACAGGAAUGAUGUAAUUUAAUGUGAAUCUGAAAGAAGGAUAAAACCACCCACAAUUACUGGUUCCAUUAUUUUUGGUGGGUCAUGUUCAAAUCUUUUGGAUUCAGGAGUUCUGCUAUUUUUUAUGGCAUAUAUCGUACGUUUACUUGUAAGCCAGCAAUCUUCUCUGACUGCAGAUAUUCCUCUAAUUAUUAAACAGUGGAAAAUAAACCAGAGUUUUUUCCUUGGCUUUCUUCCUGAUCAGUACAGACAGGACUAUAUAUAAUCAGAGAAUUAUGUUAUUUUUGAAGGUGAAACUCAAGAGGAUGAGUGAAGACUUUGAAUUUUAUUUGUAUUUACUCUCUGUAAGGAUCUGGCUACACUUUCAUAAAUCAGGGUCUUCUAGGUCAUUGAUUCAUAGAUGUUACUACUGAAAUACUCCUCAUAGGAGAUAGGGUAUGAGGGCAUCGUCGAAAAAUGUCACCUUGUCAUUUCUUUGAAGUUGUAUGUUUUAUCUUUAAAAUUAUUCUGAUUUUGCUCGUGGAUAUAUUCAACAACUUUUUAAGACUGGAAAAAUGUUUUCCAAAUGGAAAGAAGUUAAAUUGAUACUUUGAGUAAAAGUGAUACUCCAGGAAGAUGGCUAGGGUUCCCUACUUUGAGAAGCAAUCACUGUGGUUAGUUUAAAAAAAAAAA